AUUGAUUUCGAAGCACUGAAUAAAUACAUAUCGCUAUGAGUAACGAUAUUUGGAUCGAAAAGUACCGCCCCGGUAUCUUGAAGGACGUUAUCGGGAAUCCCGAGGUGACGCGUCGCCUAGAAGUGAUCGCAAGGGAAGGGAAUAUGCCCAACCUAUUACUCUGUGGUCCUCCAGGCACUGGGAAGACAACGUCUAUACUCUGCUUGGCCCAUGAGAUGCUGGGAAACCAUUUCAAGAAUGCAGUUUUAGAGCUCAAUGCUAGCGAUGAUAGGGGAGUGGAUGUUGUACGUGGAGCUAUCAAAAACUUUGCGAAAAAGUCAGUUGUAUUACCACCAAAUAAGCACAAAAUAAUUAUACUUGAUGAAGUGGAUUCGAUGACCGAAGCUGCACAGCAGGCACUGAGGCGUAUCAUGGAAAUAUACUCUAAAACAACACGAUUUGCGCUAGCGUGCAAUCAAUCGACUAAAAUCAUAGAACCCAUCCAAAGCCGUUGCGCCGUUAUAAGAUAUGAGCCCCUGCAGGAUGAAAUGAUACUCACUCGACUAAUUCACAUUUGUAAAGAGGAAAAUGUACAGUAUACAAACGAUGGCAUGGAAGCAUUGCUAUUUACAGCAAAUGGUGACAUGCGUCGUGCGGUUAACAACCUGCAAAAUGUAUCCUCAGGAUAUAAUUUGAUCACUAGUCAAAAUGUAUACAAGGUCUGCGAUGUACCGUCACCAGAACUCAUUAGGAAAUUACUACAAGAUUGCUUGGAUGGACAAUGGCGCCCAGCUCAUGAAAAAGCUGAAGAUUUGUUGGCCUUAGGCCAUUCGCCUUUUGAUAUCCUCAUGACUGUCCGAAGCGUCCUUAAGACAUUAAAGGCACCAGAGCAUAUACUUUGUGAAUUCCUUAAAACCAUAUCAUUGUCUCACAUGACAAUGAUCAGUGGAUUAUCUAGCCCGCUACAAUUAGACAAACUUAUUGCAACUCUUUGCAAAGUUUCACUUAUAAUGAGAAAAAGCUAGGAAACAUCAC